GAAGUUAAAAUAAAGGCGUUGCCAUCAGUUGUCGGUUGUUCGAAGUUUGGCAAACCCGCGCAACUCUUGCGUCCGCCAUUUACAUCAAGGGUCACGUGAUCAAUGCGUUGUGGUUUACUGAUUACAAUUUACUACUAAAAUUAAAAAGAUAGUUUGUAUAUAGUAUUUUGUACAUAGUGUACAAAACAUGAGUUCGAGCAAUCGAACCUCUUCCAAGGGAGGGAAAACCAAAAAUGAAAAAACCUUAAAAACAGAUAAGAUUGACACAGGCAAGCCUUCUGGGGAAAAAAUUGUGAUGAAGGAAAACCCGAAAUCUGAGGACCUAAAAUCAAAGGUACAACAUUUGAUUGAAAUGACACAGCGGUCUGAAGAAGAGGUUUGUCUUGCUCUCCAUGAUUGUAACUACGAUUUACAACAAGCUGCUAACAUGCUGUAUGACCACAUGACUGGGAGUCAAUGGUCUGUCAAAAAGAAGAAGAGCCGUCAACCAAGCAACAAACAGGACAAGCAAACAAAUGACGAAUCUGCAAAUACUGAAGAGUGGAAUGAGAAUCAAGGAUCUGACCAUAGAGAUAAGCCUCGUAGCAAAAGUGGUGGUCCCAAUUAUCGUCGUGGUGGAGACGGUGGUAGUCGAGGUUGGCGCGGUCGAGAAAAACAGGAAAAUGAACGUAAUCUCGAUCCAGACAGUAGGAAUGACUUUGGAAGGGAACGUAGGGGUAGACCAGGAGGUUCUGCUGGCGGUCGUGGCGGUGGCAGAGGUGGUCGAGGUGGGGGGCGUGGUAGAUACCCUCCGCGAGGAGGGAACAGAAACAAUUCUUACAACAAACCAAUCGACACUUGGGAUAACAAUAAUCCUAAUACUUGGGAUAAUAACACUGUACCUAACACAAAUCCAGUUGAGGAAACCUGGGAUGAUUUCCCAGGAACGGAUGAAUGGUCUACUGAAGAAUACACUGGUAGUUUGGCUGAUACAAAAAUCUUCACGCCCAGCGCGAAUGUCAAAUUGGACGUCCAGAUGGAGAACCAACACGAAGGACCUUUGGAUACGGCCAGUCAACAGCUGAGUCAAACUCUCCAGAUCAAUCAGCAGGGUGGACAGAUUCCUCCUCAGAGUCCCGUUCCAAUGGUCGGCACUUUAAAUGCUGCACAAACCAAGUAUUUGAAUCAAUUGACUCAACAGAAUAAUGACAAGUACACCAACAUUCAAACUUUCCAGUCUCAGACUUACGAAAAUCAGUCACAGCAGUAUAAUGCUGGUGCUCCUACUGUUACUUCCCAAGGCUUUAACAGCACUCAGACUUACGGCGGACAGCAAAGUAAUACUUAUGUUAAUAGUAAAUACCCUGUUGCUAAUAAUUAUGGGACGUCUCCUGAAGCUGUUCCAUCACAGCAACCUUUGCGGACUAAAACUCAAAGGGCUAGGGUACCACCUCCAUCAAAGAUUCCAUCAAGCGCGGUGGAAAUGCCUGGAGAUCUGAAUAGUAGUAUAGGGUACUUGGAUGUACAAUUUGGUGCAAUGGACUUUAUGUCGGAUAGCAGUUCCUUUGACGGAGUGGUUGACCAAAAAUAUGGCGGUACCAACAAUUCUUCUAUGGAAAAUACAGUACCACCACAGACUGCAAAUCUGGAUCUCAGUAACACAAAUCAAAACUCGAAUUUAGACGCGUAUUCUUCAAAAACCAAUGCACAAAGCAGUAUUAGCUCAGCUUUAACUCAGAAUUUAUCUAGUGUAGAGAACAUUCCAACAUCAGAUCAUGUCACUGGUGCUGGUAGUUAUUCUGUAGCAUCGAGGACGUCUGCUGCCAACCCCGCAGCGCAAUCUUCGACACCUCAAGCAGUAUUGGAUAUGGGCAAACAAACUGAUGGCCAUUCGUACACACAAAAUUCGACUUACAAUUCGUACCAGUCGAAAUCUUAUAACUCAACUUAUAAUGCCAACCAGACUACUGCAAGUUCCUAUCAACCAAGUAACAGUUAUGUCAACAGCCAAGGAGGAUCUUACAACACUCCUAGUGGGAAUAAUUAUCAAAAUUCGUACUCUUCAGCUACUUCCUAUCAAACGAGCAACAAUUCAGCCGCAUUUCCUUCCAUUACGCAGGCAAACUCUUAUUCAGGAACGAAUCAGUCCUAUUCUCAGAAUGCUAGUCAGUCAGUAUAUGGUGCUAAUGCAGGUUUGAACAACAGUUCAACAUACGGGAAUACUUCCUCUGCAAGCCAAUAUAACAAUUACAGUUCGGCAGCAAACAAAUUGAAGGAUACGGUAUACGAUGGCACGAAUGCAGUUAGUACUGCACAAACCGCAACAACUACCAUAGUGUCAUCUUCGACCACCCUUUCUCUUACGCAAAGUACCGUAUCUACUACUAAAACAACCACCACUACAUUAGCAGCUAAAAAUUCGAGUAAUGUUGUCUCGAACAUGCCACCUGGUGUGGCUCCUCCUGUGAUGAGUACUCCUUAUAACAUGGUACAAGUACCAUAUUAUCAACAACCACUUUACUCGUAUGAAGAGAUGCAACUACUGCAACAGAGGUUACCGCAUAUGACCACCCCCUUCUAUGACAUGAGUUACCAGACGCCGACAACACUGGCAGCCGUGAGGGACGCAACUCUUGGCAACGUGGGUUACUCCAUGUCCGACGGACGGUUCACCAGAGGCGACAACAACGCUUCUCCGGUACCAUCUACGCUGAGCCAGCAGACCAGCACUCAGGCAGGACAUCAGGCGCAACCCAUCUUGGCAGGCACGGCAGCCCCACCCUACUUCUUUGCUGCUACACACUUCAACACUAUUCCAAACUAUCCUUUUUAUCAACUUCCUGCAGUAACCAACGCUCAUGGAACUAACAGCAACUCUCAGUAUCCCAAACCUGGUGGCUAUAGUUCAGGUUAUGGAGCAUAUGAUGCUCUCAGUCAAACUCAAGACUAUACUAAAGGAGCGUAUGUCGGCAAUACUCAGGGACAGAAGGCAGCAAGUGGUAAUGCUUCUUCAACAGGCUCAACUGGAAAUGAUCUGACUGCCAUGUAUGGUAAAUCUCACACUGCUUUGGGAAAAGUCAACUCUUACGAAAAGCAAGGCUUCCAUUCUGGUACUCCUCCACCAUUCACUGGUACCCUGCAUGGAAGCCAAAAUGCUGGGCUGGCACCCAGCGGUACUGGCUAUGCCCCACCAGUGUAUAUACCAGCAAUGGCACCACAUCAGCAACAUCAUUCAACUCAGUUGAUGCAUCAGCCCCUGCAUCAGAUGGAUGUCAGGCACCAAGGCCGACGUGUGGACUCGAGUAACAAUAGCGGACAGCGCUCUCAAACAUCCAACCAAGCAAAGGCUUCUGGAAAACAAUACACAGGAUCUUACUGGAAUCAAUCCUAAGUUGUCUACUGACUGCUCAAAUGUCUUCGCCCUUAUCUCUCUUCAAUAAUUUUAUUUUUAGCUUUUCAUUUAUUAUAAUUUAAUUAGCGUAAUCAUAUUUUAUCAUAGGUGAGACAAGUGGUAAAUUAUUCCCAAUUUGUAUUUAUUUUAUUUAGUUUUCGUUUUGGUUGUUGCUUACUCUUAUGACUGUGUAAAAUAUACAAAAAACUCAAUAUGAUAUAUUUUUACAAGAAGUCGGUUUUCUUUUCUCGUCUUUUUACUGAGUAUUGCUAUGAUUGUUUUUAGAAUAAAAUUUCGUUUUUCCAUUCAGUAAAAUGUCAUACAGAAAAUCAAACAAAAUUUAUCUUAGUCUUGGCCAGUGACAAAACUUGUAAAUGUUUUUAUACUUUGAUUUGAAACAAAUGAUAAUUGCUAUGUGUUAACAAUUGAAAAUAGUCUAUGGUUUUUUUUAAUUCGGAAUGCAAGGCGAAGGUUUUGGGUAGUAAUGAAGCUGCGAUAAUUAGAAGUCAAUUUACAGUGUUCUAUGAACAUAUUUCUAAAUUUCAUUGUACAUACAGUUUGAUGAUUUGUUUCCAUUUCAUCCAAAUGAUCUUAGUUUUAUAGAAAAUACCGAGUAAAUUGACUUGGCUAAAACCGCAGUCAUUGGACUGACCUCUUGGCACUUUGCUGUCUUUAGAGAGACCUCGUCAGACGGCACGUUAAGGGUCGCAGAGCGUUCAUGGAAGACCAGUAAAGUAGCCCAGAGCUUUAUUUUAAAUUUUGUUAGGUAGAUUUAUUAUUAACUAAAUUAUCUUGUGUACCUACUUAUGCUCUUUGUAUAAAUAUUCACUGUGUAGAGAGACACUGUAUAUGUGUAAUUUUGUUUUUGUAUUUGCUGAACCAUAUGGAAAUACACAAAGAAAGCAUUCAAUCUUAAAAA